AUGGAUCCGGACAAUGGCCCGACCAGUGGCUCUGCCACAGACAUGGGUUCAUCGAAUGGGGUUUUUGAACAGAUUCUAGGCUCGGGAUCUCCACCGCCGCCGCCCCAACCUGCCACAGAUACAGAGCAGAAAGAGAUCCCUCCGACGGAAUCCUCAAUGUCAACUCGGGAACCAAACCAACCCUUGAAAUCCGGUCGCAUGGAGCCUGCUUCGGAUGCCCGAUCAAUCCCUCGCUUUGGCCAUUCCAACCGCUCAUCGAGCCGGACUCCACGACGAUUCAGCGGAAGUACAGCAGCGAGCUCAGUCAGCGAAUUGGAGCCCACGGGCCCGAAACCUUGGAGACUGGGUGUAUGUGCUCUUGAUGUGAAGGCCCGUAGCAAACCCAGUCAGAAUAUCCUCACACGACUUCAAGCCAAGGGCGAGUUCGAAGUAAUCGUCUUUGGUGAUAAAGUGAUUCUAGAUGAAGCCGUGGAGAAUUGGCCCGUGUGUGAUUUUCUGAUAGCCUUCUUCUCCGACGGAUUUCCAUUGGACAAAGCCAUUGCCUAUGCCAAGCUCCGAAAACCGUUUUGUGUCAAUGACUUGCCCAUGCAAAAAGUAUUGUGGGAUCGCCGAUUAUGUCUGAUGAUCUUAGAUCAGAUGGGAGUACCCACACCAAAGAGAGUUGAGGUGAAUCGCGAUGGUGGCCCCGUUUUGGAGUCCCCGGAGAUGGCUGAUCAUAUCUUCCGGCUGACUGGAGUCAAAUUGAAUGGGCCUGAGGAUGGGACCGGGGGUGGUGCGCCAAAAACCCAAAAUGUGUCCAUGUCAGAGGACGGGGAGUCAUUGAUCGUGGACGGCAAAGUCUUUCGGAAGCCCUUUGUAGAGAAACCUGUCAAUGGGGAGAAUCACAAUAUCCACAUCUACUUCCCCAAUGAUCAACAAUAUGGUGGCGGCGGACGGAGGCUGUUUCGAAAAGUUGGCAAUAAAAGCUCCGAAUAUGACCCGGAGCUUUCGGUACCACGCUCAAUCACUGAGAAUGAUACAAGCUACCUGUACGAACAGUUCCUGCGGGUGGACAACGCAGAAGAUGUCAAAGCGUACACGGUGGGCCCGGACUUCUGCCAUGCUGAAACACGCAAAUCGCCCGUGGUGGACGGCCUUGUACGACGAAAUACCCAUGGAAAGGAACUACGGUAUAUCACCCAAUUGACCAAAGAGGAGGCGGAGAUAGCUUCGAAGAUAUCAAAUGGCUUUGGACAGAGGAUUUGCGGAUUCGAUAUGCUGCGCGUGGGCGACAAGAGUUUCGUGAUCGAUGUAAACGGGUGGAGCUUUGUCAAGGACAACAACGACUACUACGACAAAUGUGCACGUAUAUUACGUGAUACCUUCUUGGUCGAAAUGCGCAAGUGCGAUGGAUCAAUGGAACUUUCCGAGCCACCUUCGCCAGAUCUAGGUCAAUCCAGAAGAGGCACAACAAGUUCACAUCGACAGGCACUGCGAACUCUGCUCAAGUCUCCAAGUACAUCCCGCCUCUAUAGCGGCCAGUCGAACUCUAAAACUCAAGCUCAGGAUCCUCCCCCAUCAGAUGUAUCAACGGGUGCUCCUUCGUUGGCCUCGUCUUCGGGACUAGAGAGUGCCGAACCCAAUGUGGGACUUAGCAAAUUGAAUUCGCGAGAAGGUCGCUCUGAUUCUCGUGGCUAUAGUCCUUCUAAUACAAAGUCCCCUGCUGUUUCCCUCCAUCAUGUCAGUGAAGAGGCUCAUCCUCCACUUCCAGCUUCGAAACACUCGUGGAAGCUCAAGGGAAUGGUGGCAGUCAUUCGACACGCGGAUCGCACCCCGAAACAAAAGUUCAAAUUUACCUUUCACAGCCAACCUUUUGUGGACCUCUUGAAGGGACACCAAGAAGAGGUGGUCAUCAAAGGAGCAGCAGCGUUGUCUAGUGUUUCCGAUGCCGUGAAACUGGCCAUGGAACAGGGACUUGAAGACAUGGAUAAAUUAAAACUGCUUCGCACAUCAUUGGAGAAGAAGGGCGGCUGGCCUGGUACCAAGGUACAAAUUAAGCCCAUGUUUCGGAGGCGCAAGCCAGAAGAAAUGCGGGAUCAGGAGUCUAGCCUGGUUUCCAAGGCGCCCGCAAACCUAGCAGAUCCUGAGGCUUCUCCCUCAAUCGCUCCCAAUGAAAAAGGUCAGGAUGACGAGGCCUUGCGUCGAAGCCAGGCACGAAGUGACUCUAUCUCGGGACCUACUUUUUCUCGCUUCUCAGCCGUGGAGAAUGAUUUAAUCUUGGAUAAACUACAGCUUAUCAUCAAAUGGGGCGGCGAGCCUACCCACGCUGCACGCUAUCAAUCACAAGAUCUCGGAAUGAAUAUGCGAGAUGAUCUCAAGCUGAUGAACAAAGAGGCCCUCAAUAACGUUCGUCUUUUUACCAGCUCCGAGCGUCGAGUUAGCACAAGUGCUCAAAUUUGGGCCAGUUCAUUCUUGGAUCAAAAAGAAAUCCCUGAGGAUUUUAUCCAAGUCAGAAAGGAUUUACUCGACGAUUCGAAUGCGGCAAAGGAUGUCAUGGAUAAGGUUAAAAAGAAGCUGAAGCUUCUUCUACGAGAAGGAUCUGCCCCAUCGCAGUUUGCUUGGCCCAAAGAUACGAAUAUUCCCGAACCAUCUGUUGUGCUCUCCACUGUGGUAGAAUUGAUGAAAUUUCAUCGUAGCGUUAUGCGCCACAACUUUAGCAAACUGGAACCCUCACUGCAAAAGGCCGAAGACCCUGACCUGCCCGAACUGCCGCCAGACCAACCGCAGUUAGCCAAUGUGCAAGGACGAUGGUGUGCAGGAGAGGACCCGCGGCUCUUCAAAGAACGAUGGGAAAAGCUCUUCGCGGAGUUUUGUGACACGGAAAAGGUGGACCCAAGCAAAUUGUCUGAAUUAUACGAUAGUAUGAAAUUCGAUGCUCUGCAUAAUCGCCCAUUCCUGGAGUGGGUUUUUAUGCCACCCGAGAGCGACCGGGACGAUGAUGACAAGGACAGUGUGAAAGGUCGAGACCAAAAUAAGUCGGACCCAGCAACAGAGCACAAGAAUGGCGUUGAUGCGACGAAUGAGAAACCUGAAGAGCGUCCAGAAAACCCGUCCCUCGCACAGCGCUUUGGCUUGAGGAAACGCUUCCAAGCCCUCGAAUCGUUGCCGCACCUCCGCGCACUUGACGAUUCCUACGACCAUUACUUCAAGCUCUUCCCUGGAUCCAAAUCUGACACCAACAAAUGUAAGACGGAUGAACGUCUUUCUAAACUUAGAGAGCUAUAUAAGCUCGCUAAGGUCCUUUUUGAUUACGUCACACCUCAGGAAUACGGCAUCACUGAUAGCGAGAAGCUUGAGAUCGGCCUUCUCACCUCUCUGCCACUUCUUCAGGAGAUUGUGAGAGACCUUGAAGAAGUACAGGCUUCCCCCGAUGCCAAAUCCUUCUUCUAUUUUACCAAGGAGUCUCAUAUCUACACACUUUUGAACUGUAUCCUCGAAGGUGGUAUUCAAACCAAAAUUGCCCGUAGCACCAUUCCUGAACUCGAUUAUCUUUCUCAGAUUUGCUUUGAGCUAUAUGAAGCCCGAGACAGCGAGUCGGAAAAGAACUCCUACUCGAUUCGUAUCUCCAUCAGUCCGGGCUGUCAUGCCUUUGACCCGUUGGAUGUGCAACUGGAUUCCCGACACGCGAUUGGAUGCACCCCUCGGCGUAGCUUGACUGCGCACCAGGACUGGAAAGAGGUCAUUGAGACUCUUAAAGCAAAAUUUGAUACAGUCAAGCUUCCGAAAUCUUUCAUCGCCGUCAACUUGAGUGACAAACACUUUGCUCCCCGAUCCGACGAACAAGAUCUAUCUUGA